UCUAAAUUUCCGGUACAUUCGCCCGAGGCGUACGAGAACGAUACCCUCCAACGCCGCCACCGCGAUCGAUGGCGCCGCGCGGUGCGCCGAGCGCCGCCGCUCUCCGCCGCCGCCGCACGGCGGCGCCGCUCGCUUCCGCGGCGGCGCUGGUGAUGCUGCUGUGGCUCUCGCCGGAGCCCGCCGGAGCCGUCAACUCCGCCGCCGCCUUCGUCCAAAACGCCGUCUACUCCAAUCGCAUCGCCAUCUUCUCCAAAUCCUAUUGCCCGUACUCCAUCCGCGCUAAGCGCAUAUUUCGUCAACUGCAGGAGAAGCCAUUUGUUGUAGAACUUGAUCGCAGAGUUGAUGGAUGGGAGAUCCAAAAUGUUCUUCUAGAUUUAGUUGGCCGAAGCACCGUCCCGCAAGUUUUUGUUAACGGCCAGUAUAUUGGUGGUUCAGAUGAAACAGUCAAGGCACUCAAGAAUGGGCAACUUGAGAAACUUCUUGGGAGAAGUCGAUCGUACUAAAACGUGGUUUCAAGGUGAUGAGCACAUAAAAUGUUCUCUUGGAAUUUAAAAGAUUAUGGUGGGUAGGAUUGAUGGUGGUUAGGAUUGACAAGACUUCGUUUGUUGGUAUUAAUACUUGAAGAAACGUUUGUUUUUGAUGCCAUGAAGUGUAAAAAAUUUAGUGGAUACAUAGCGUGUUGCUUAUUUUCUAGUGUAAUAUUAGAAAUUUAGCCUGCUUGUGAUUGCUAA